CUCCACUGGUUUGUGUUAAAAAUUUCCUGAUCCUAAGGGCUUAGCUAUGUGUCUCCCCUUAAACGGAUACACCCUUGAUAUUGGAUAGGAAAAAGUAUUUUCCCUUAAAUAUUAAUUCUGUAGGUACCCAUGUAGUUAGAGAAGUUGCAUUUUUAGAUUUGUCUGUAGGCUUAGCAGGACCAAACUUAACACUUUAAUAUUAUAAUAAAAUACAAGACUUUGCACAUCAGUAAAGCCAAUUUCCAAAACUGCUGAGAAUCUGUGGCUCCCAUCAUCUUUAAUUAGAAUGAAGAACUUUGGAAAAUAAAAAGUUGUAUGCAAAUAAGUAAAGAUGAAUGUUGCCACCCAUCCUUCUGGCACCAGUGUCAUAAUUACUCCUAUGAAAUGACUGAUAUGCAAGCAGGAUGCCUAAGGGGGAAUCGGCCAAGAUUUUUGUCAAGCUAAUCACAGCACCUGGGAUUGAUCGUCAGCAUUUUAAAAUGUCACAAUUUGUGAAUAUUUCCUUUUCCAUUAAGUUCCUCAAUGACAUCUGCAAACUUUUUUAUGACUUUGGGAGUGCAGACUGAGACAUCUGCAAGCAUAUUUAACAUUAUUUUAAGUCUUGGAUAGAUAUUUAUACAUAUCUAUUUUUUUCAUAAAUAAUUUGGAGUGCCACUUAAACUUUCAAAUACAUACAUGUUAUCAAUUUUUUUAUUUAUUCUAUUUAAUUUUUUAAUUUCUUUUAUAAAAAACUCAAACACCUCAAAUGAUAGCAUGUGCAAAACUGUAACUGUGGACAGAAUGUUGUAAUGUGUGGAGAGACUAUUACAAUGCAAAGUCAGCUUUUCAAGUAGAGAUACUAAUAUUGGCCUUCAGCAUCAGGUAUUUAUAAUACAAUCAGGCACUAUGUAAAAGAAGUGAAACUUGUAGGACAGCAACAAAAAUCAAAGAGUUAGACAAGUUUCCAUCUGCAAGCUAGAAAAGUGGUGAACUUGUAAAGGAACUUUUAUGGAUGUAUGUCUCAAUUUUAGUCUCACUGAAUUCUGAACAAAGUCUUGAAUGUAUUUUGAAAGAGUUAUAUCUCUUUCAUCGUUGUCUCCUCUGUCACUUAAUCUUAACCACAGUCGAAGCUGGGAACUUAAUUGUAUGGGGUUUUUCUUUGUGCUCCUUUCUCUGUCCUGCAGUUAUUGAGUUGGGAGAAGUUGACUUGAACUGUCCUUCCAACUGUCAAAUACAUAAUACCCAUUUCUUCGGAACUGACAGACAGAUAAUAAGGAGAGGGCAAGCCUUCAGCUUAUAUGCUCGCUUCCAAAAUCGAGAAUGGGAUGACUCUGUGGACCAGGCUGCUUUCACCGUGGAGACAGGCCUCAGACCUUGUGAAUCAAAUGAGACAAAAUGCACCUUCCCAAUGGGCAGAUGUCUGGAUCAAACCUGCUGGAGUGCUUCCUACAAAGUUCAUCAGCCAAAAUGCAUCACUAUCAGCGUGUUUCCUCCUUCCAACGUCUGCAUUGGCCGUUAUAUUCUCAAUAUGCAAAUCACAUCUUGUGGUCACACAUACCAGCGGUGUCUUGGAGAUUUUUAUGUCCUUUUUAACCCUUGGUGUGCAGAUGAUCCUGUAUAUUUGGACAAUCAGGCUCAUAGAGAAGAAUAUGUUCUGAAUGAACACGGCAUACUGUAUGAAGGAGUUCACAAGCACAUAACCUCUCGACCAUGGCACUUUGGACAGUUUGAAGAUGGGAUUCUGGAUAUCUGCUUGAAGAUCUUAGAUAUGGGUGCGAGUUACCAUCAUGGCUCUGAUCGUGACCACUGCUGGCGCAAUGACCCCGUGCAUGUCAGCAUGGUGGUGAAUCACAUGAUAAGCAGCCAUACCACUAACAGUAUCAUGAAGAUUCCAGAAAACAGUGAUUACCUGAAAGGAACAAAGCCAUUUUCCUGGAAUGGAAGUGUCCCUAUUCUACAGCAGUGGUACAGUGGUAGAUGUAGGCCGGUCAGAUAUGGGUACUGUGGAUCUCUUGCUUCAGUCAUGUGCACAGUGAUGAGAUGUUUGGGAAUUCCAAGCCGUGUUGUCACAAGCUUCUGUUUUCCUUGCUCAAUUGAGAAUCCCCUUGGUAUCAAUGAGAUUUUUGACGCUACUGGUAAAAACCUGUGUGGCAAAGACAAACUAUGGCGAUACCACUGCUGGAAUGAAUCUUGGAUGGCUCGCAGAGAUAUAAAUCAGUGCUGUGGUGACUGGCAGUGUCUGGAUCCAACACCUCUGGAAACAGGCAGAGGUUCAGCUUGCAGUGGUCCUACAUGGGUUCGGAGCAUCAGGGAAGGGGAACUGGACUUGGAUUAUGAUGGUCAUCAUAUGUUUUCUCGAGUAAAUUCAAAUUACGUUGGCUGGCUUUCCCAAAACAAUGCCAAAAGAACAAAAUUUUUCUGUGACACAUGGCCAUGUGGACAACGUCUAAUCACCAAGAGUGUUGGCAGUGAGCAAUUUGAAGAUAUCACUGGAGCUUACAAGUAUGAGCUAGGUUCUGUGAAAAACAAAGAAGCCUAUUACCGGGCUUACAGAAGGAUUCACCCAGGGUACUGCAACGCUUCCAACUGUCAUAUCGACCGGGAGCUAUCGUCUCUGAAAAACCCAUUUCUGAGUGACUCUGGAAUUAACAUGAGGUUAAAGAUGGCCAACUGCCCAAUGUAUGGUGAAGAUGUCCAGCUGAACUGGCUGCUUGAAAAUCUGCGUAAUGAGAACAAAACCCUGAAGUUCAAUUUGUGCGCGCAAAUUAUAACCUACAGUGGUGUCCCAAUGGAUCAGUUUUGGAAAGACUGUGUGAAUGUCACAUUGGGACCAAGGGAAGUGAAAAAAAUUCCACUGUGUAUAUCAUAUAAUCAAUAUGGACCUUAUCUCUGUGAUCACAACAUUAUGAAAGUGGUUGCUGUCUCAGACCCUGAGUGUGGAGAAAUUCUGAUGGUGAGCAGGGAUAUUGUGGUCAACAGACCACCUGUUAUUGUAAAGCUACUGAGCCAACCCAGACUGAAAGUACCAUGUACAGCAGAGAUCUCCUUCUGUAAUCCUCUCCAGGAGGAUAUGAAGAAUUGUGUAAUGACAUUAGAAGGCUGUGGUUUAUUUAAAGAGCCAAUGACCAUUGAUUUGGGAACGCUGGCAUCCAACCAACAGGCACGGACCAUCGUGGAGUUUACACCUUACAGGCUUGGCUGCCACCGGCUCCUAGCCAACCUCGGGUGCCACAAGUUUGCCUACUGCAAGGGAUGUGCCAAAGCUGAAGUGUGCUGCUCGGCAGGCCAGAACGGUGUCCUGCCCAUCGGCCAGAACGGGUCACUCCCCGUGUGUGAGAAUGGCUCCGUCCCCAUGAACGGCGCUGGGGGAGCCGGAACGGCUGUCCCUGUGGCAGACCCUGCCUUCAACUCCAUGUGUGAAUAUAUAUGUAUCCCAGUGUGCAACCCAAAUUGCAGCGCAGGGGGACAGCCUGUGUACGAUUUUGUGUACCUCCCUGCAGGCCAUCCCUUAUGCAACACCAUCUGCAACCAAGGCUUCAAUGCAAGCAUCAAUCCCGGUUUUGAGAUGGGAUGCGAUCCUGGCUUCCGUGUCAUAUGUGAGACUGUACCUCCUGCUACGUGUGCUCCAAUGGCUCCAUCCAUGUACAGCUCCAUGCCAGCCCCAGCAUCCAACCCUGUUUGCACCACUAUGCCUCACGUGGUGUUUGAGACAGGUCCUGCUCCCACACACCCCGCUGGAGGUGGAGGGGGGCCGAUGUCCUAUUCUGUCUCUGUUCCCACGAAUAAUGCGGUGAGUGCGCUGCUGACCCACUUCAUGGGUGGCCCCAGUCCCAACGGGGCAACCCAAGCAGUCCCUAUGACUGCUCCGCCAUCCUACUCCAUGUGCUCUCCAGUAAUCCACACCAUUGGCAACCCCAUCCAGUCUGCAACUCCCCUUUCAGUGCCCGGUGCCUCCAUCUCACACGUCGUUUGCAGCUCCACACCCUCUCCCAGCACCCAGCCUCAGUGCGGCCCAGCGGCCACGCUGUCCUCCCAGCCCCUGAAUUCCGCCGUAGCGCACGGCCUGUGCUCCCCAGUGGCCUCCCCGGUGCCCCGCGCUGCUGACCGCAGCAGCACCCCGACAGUGCUGCAGGUGGGCACUGCCUCCGCAUCCCACUCGCUGUGCUCCCCGGCACCUCAGCGUCCCGUGGGACCCCCGGCCUCGCACUCGCUGUGCUCUCCGGCCCCCCGCCCCGUCGGGCCCCCCGCCGCCCACUCGCUGUGCUCGCCCAGCUCCGCCUCGCUGGUGGCCGCGGGGGCCCGCCCCGCCAGCUCGCCGGCCGCUCAGCCCUUGGACUCCUCGGCUGCGGCCUGCCUGCCGUGCUCCCCAUCGCCGCGGCCCCUGGCAGGUCCCACAGCCCGCUCGCUCUGUGCCCCCACCUCUCGCUCCCUCUCCCAGCUUGUGGGCACCUCUGGCUCUCGCUCCUUGUGUGGCUCUCAGUGGGGCCCUUCCUAUGAGAGCACCUCUCGCUUUGGCUCCACGUGGGCUCCCGCCUCCCGAUCGUUGUGGAGCCCCGAGGGGCGCCUGGGCUACUCCUCGACCCGUGCCACCUACGGCACCAUUUCACGCCCUCCCUACAGCUCCUUGAACCGCUCGUCCUACACCUUGUCCCGCCCUGGCUACGCUACCCUACCUCGCUCCGCCUCCCCCUCUCCCUCUGCCUACGCCGCCCUGACUCGCUCCGGCUCCUGCCCCUCUGGCAGUACCCUGGCCCUGGCAGGGUCCCGCAGGCCCUGGAGUCCCACAAGGAGCACUCUCACCUAUUUCAGACGCAAAUACCUGUAA